GCUGAAAAUAUGUGUAGAUUAUGAACUUUUAUAAAAACUAUUAUUUUUUGAAAAUUUUCUUAAGAACUAGUGUAUUUACUAUUUAGGCGAAAAAAUCCUUAAAUUUUACCCCACUUAAAAUCAGAAGUCGUUUGUCAAAAAAAAAAAAAAAACAAAUCAGAAGUCGAAAGAGUUAUGCACCUUUCGAACCUUUUAUAACCACCUAUGCAGCUAUUCUCCUCUCUUCCUACGCACUCUUCCUGCUGAUUUCAGCGAUGUAUAUUUCACUGGUCACAGCCUCAACAAUCACAGGGGCAUCUCUCUCAAACCUCAAACACCUCCUAGCUUAGCCGGGAGUCCGGGACAAUAGAUAUUGGUCAGGCUGCGGCAGAGUCUUUCGCCGGAGCGGGCAUACAGCCAGUAAAAGUGAUAGCUCGGUCGGUGGGGCUUUUAGGUGGAGAGAAUCCUAACGAUGUUGGCUGCGAUUCUUAUUUUUGUUUUGGCAUCCUUCCCGCAAGCCUUCUCACAGGAAGUUGGGGAGAUCGGAGGCGAAAGAAGCAUUGAGGCGGAAUCAGGUCACGAACUCCAAGUGCAUUGCUCUAGAGAACGAAGCAGGGCUGCCUGGAAAGUCAUAGACGAGUAUUUGAUGCCGUUUGUUGAGCAAGAAAGGUACCAGAUUCCCAGCAAGUGUAGACUUCAUCCCAGUAAUGAUCUCUUCAGGGAUCAAGAGCAGCACAAGAUUAAUUAUGACUUCAAUCAGUGGCAGUGUGGAUACUGUAAGAAAAGUUUCCGCGCUGAAAAAUAUCUAGAUCAGCAUUUUGACAACAGGCACUUCGAUCGUCUAAAUGUUACUGAUGGUAAGUGCUUAGCUGACUUGUGCGGUGCACUGCACUGUGAUCAUGUGAUGGACUCCAGGUCAGUAAAAAAGACCAGGUGCAACCUUGCUGCCACGGCAAAGAAUCGCCAUCUAUGUGAGAGUCUUGCAGACAGAUGUUUCCCUCUUAAUCUGAGCCCAUCUGCAGCUCGCUUGCAUGAACUGUUUCUGCGCCAAUUUUGUGAUGCUUUGACUUGCUCAGGGAAAAAGAAAAUUUUCCCUAAAGGUGGGAAGAAAUCAGUCAGCGUGUUCUACCUGGCUAUCUCGAUAUUGUCUUUAAUGCUACUCCCUCUGUUCUACCUUAUUGUUUAUCUGCACCAAAGUGAAAUAAGGAGAGGAACACAGCAGCUGAGGCGGAUAACACGAGUUGGGAAGAUGAAACCUUCUUAGUCAGCAUGGUAAUCUUGUUUGCUUAUUGUUUUGUGGUCCAUGAUUAGUGGAGAAUGAUACUGACUUCACUUGCAGUCAUUCUACAGCGCUAAUGAGUCGGGAAGGUAUUGGCAUUUGUCUGGCCGCGGCUCGUAUGCCAUCUUCUGGACCAUGAACAUGUAUCGUUUUUUUUUGUUUUUUGUUUUUAGCAAUGAUAGCAAAAAUCUUUCUGCUAGCAAGUUCACAAGAAGUUGCAUAGAGCAUAUACUUUUUUGUCCCUCAAUCAUUUGCAUAGAAAACAGAUGUAGGGCUUGUCUUUUCAAAAUAGAGGCCUGGUUGCCAAGGCUGGAUUUCAAACUCCAUAUAGGCAGUCCAAACUGGCAAGCACGAUCUACUUGUAAGUGAAUUUUCGGCAUAUUCAUUGUUAUUAAUCCACCUUUCCUCUGCGUGUUCUAAGUUCUAAUACAAUGUAUAUAGGCUGAAUAUUAAAUAAUUGCGAUUUCUUAGGACGCGGUGUUCCAUGCAACAUGUAGAAGCAAUGCUGAAGACCCAAGUAAUUUGAUAUUUUACUUUGUAAGUUCAAUAUAGACAGGGAAUCAAUUUUGGCAAUGAGUUGCUACAUCUCAAUUUUGUGGGUUGUCUCUGUUGUAGUUUCCAUAAAGUGCAGUGUUAAUUAACAAAUAGGAAGGUGAGAGUGCAGCGCGAGCUGGUGACGGGAAAGGGAUAUUGGCAUAAUCGUUAGUGUUCUGGCAAAAUAUCCUGUUGCAGACCAGAAAAUAAUGAUGUUAUCCUAUAUGCUGAGGAGGGCUUUGCCAAUAUCUUUUGAAUGAGUUUUGUGAGCACAAAUAAAUUCCUUUGAUCACUACAUCUACCUCCAAUGCCUGUAACCAAACUAUAUGCACGUAGGAUGGCAACAAAAUCCGAACCCAUGGGUACUCAUUCGAUCCAAUCCGGUCAACGCCGGUAAAAUUUGUGUUGACGGGUUUUGGGCUGGGUUUGGGUUUAAACCCGUUCACUAUUCACCGAGUUGGAUUGGGUUUGAAUUUAGGUAAAACCGUCCCAUGGGUAUCCGGCCACAACCAUAUAAUUAAUUUUUAAGGUAUAUUUAAUAUUCUAAACAACUAAUCUUAUUUGUGUUUGUGGAGACAUAUCUAAUUUUUUUCUUUCUAAUUCUGUAGAAUGAAGUUGAUGUUAUCGA